UAUUUUUUAGGAGUUCAACAUGGAACUCUUCGCAUCGGCCAGACAAACCCUGAUAAUUACUACUGCGAUACUAUCACCUUCCCAACAGCCUUCACGGGAGUUGAUCCUGUCAAAGUCUUUACGUCAGUUGGUUUUGGCACGAGCUCAUCACGUGUACAUGACGUAGUGUUCACGUGGGUCGAGUCUGUCACUACAAGUAGUUUUAAAGUCUGUCUAGUAGAGAAUGGGGUAGGAUCAAGUGGUAAUGUGACUAUUAAUUGGAUUGCUUACCAAGGCGUCCAGUCUGGUGUGACGGACGGCUCUGUGAGGUUGAACGACUGGACGACGGGAACGGAAUGCAAACAAGUUCGUCUUUCCCAGGCCUUUGCUAGUGUUCCUCAUGUCUUUGUUACUGCACAUCACAAUGUGUUGGACAACAAGCAUGAUGCAGCUACAGUUUGGGUGGAAGGAAUCACCACAAACGAUUUUACUGUUUGCAUGAGAGAGGCAAGAACCUUUGAUGGACGCCAUAAAGACAUCGAUGUGACUUGGAUGGCAAUGACUGAAGUUCCCCAGACAUGGAAUUAUCAUGACUUUAUCAGAGUAGACUUUCCAAACACUCUUGUACCAAGCGAGGCUGACAAUGAUGCGUUUUGCCAGAUUGUGAGUUUCCACGAGCCGUAUUAUGCUCCACCGACAAUCGUUGUUGCUCCAAGUCAUCACUAUGACAGCAGUAAUGUCAAUGCCAUUCAUCCAAAAGACAACUCCAUUUCUGCCUGGGUUGAGGAAACUACACGAACACACUUUAAAACAUGUGUUAAAGACCUUGUUGGGCUGAACAACAAACAUCAUCCUAUCGAGGUGGACUAUAUGGUGUUUGGAGAUCUUGAUCCAUGCAUCAACAAGACCUGUGAAUAUUUUGGUGUUUGUCAAGCCAUGUCAGCAAGUGUUGCUCAGUGUGUGUGCGUUACCCAGUGUCCAUCUUACCAAGAUCUCGUGUGUGCUUCCAAUGGUCGAACGUUUGAUAACAUGUGCGCUCUGGAGAGAGAAAUCUGUCAAACGCAGGGAAACUAUUCGUACUACCAUCCAGGCAGUUGUCAAGGUACAAACCUCGCGGGUUCGCAAUUUCGCAAUUUGUUAUUUCUGGACUUGUAUAGAUUUGUCAUAUUGGACAUUCUUAGCCAACACAAGUGA